AUGAGAAACCUCUACCGACUCGGCGCCGUCUUCGUCCUCCCGCUCCUCCUCUGCAACGCUGCCCUCCAUGCGCACGCGCAGGACUCGGCUGCUCCAAUGGAGAAGAAGGAGCAAGAGUCGCUCUACUCCACCAUCCGGAGCUUCGUCGGCAGGUGGUGGAACGGCUCCGAGCUCUUCCCCGAUCCCUGCGGGUCGACCCCCGUUCAGGUCCUCCGCCAUCUUAUAUCCUUCUGCAACUCCGAACUCUUCUCCCUGUUCUAACAGAGCGCUCAUUCUCUCUCUCUCUCUGUUCGCGCAAGCUCAGGGUGUCCUCUGCGACGUCUUCGACGGACUCUGGUACGUGACGGCGCUGAGCGUCGGGCCAGUCAUGGAGAACUCCCUCGACUGUGCUAGAGAUUCACACUUCCCUCUGCAACUGUUCGAGCUGGGCCACCUGCGGAGCCUCUCCGUCUUCAGCUGCUUCUCCGACCCAGCUCGCCACCCUGUCGCCAUCCCCUCGAAGGGGUGGGAGAAGCUCUCCGGGAGCUUGGAAAGCCUAGAGGCCCGGUCGAACAGAGGCCUCACCGGCGAGGUUCCCGCCGCCAUUGGCGCACUGAACAAACUCCAGUCUCUGGUUCUGGAGGAGAACAAGCUAUCUGGAGAGCUUCCCCACGAGCUGGGAGAGCUGUCCAAGCUGAGAAGACUGGUCCUCUCCGGGAACCAGUUCUCCGGCAGUGUUCCAGCUUCUCUGGGCUCCGCCAUGUCGGAGCUCCUCAUCCUCGACCUCAGCAGGAACGCCCUAAAGGGCCUUCUUCCCCCGGCGGCCGGCGGGCUCCGUUCCCUGGAGAAGCUCGACCUGAGCAGCAACCUUCUCGGCGGGGUGAUCCCGGCGGCCUUGGGUGAGCUGAGGAGCCUUACCCUACUGGACCUUCGGAACAACAACUUCUCCGGCGGCGGCGCCGCCGGAAGCUUCGGCUUCCUCCGCGGCAUGGCGGCGCUGCAGGAGCUGCUGCUCUCCAACAACCCGCUGGGAGGGGAGAUUGGGAGCUUCCCGUGGGCGAGCUUGGAGAACCUUUCCGCCGUCGGCCUCUCCAACACCUUCCUGGGAGGGGAGAUUCCCGCGGCCAUCGCCGGCCUGAAGGGACUUCGGUUUCUCGCUCUGGAUAACAACCGGCUUCGCGGGGGGGUGCCGCCGGAGCUGGAGAGCUUGCCGGCGGUGGGGGCUCUGUAUCUGAGCCGGAACAACCUCUCCGGCAGGCUGCAGUUCUCCAGCGAGUUCUACCGGCGGAUGGGGACGAGGUUCGCCGCCUGGGGAAACCCUAAUCUCUGCUACGCCGGCGGCGGAGGGGACGACGCGCCGAUAGGCGUGCAACAGUGCCGGGGAGAGCAGGGGCUCGCCACCGACGGCGAUUUGGGUGGAGGGACCUCCGGCCUGAGGGCCUCCGCUGCCGUCCUGUCGGCCUCGUCGUCCUUCGCAGGCGGCGGCGGCGGUGGGGCACCGUGGGCGGCGUCGCCGGCGAUCUUCCUCGCGGCGCUGCUGCUCUAG